CAAAUAAAGCCUCGUACAAUAGCAAAACCCUGGAGUUGCCACACGCUUAGAAUAUCUCCCCACACGUGCGACGACAGCAUCUAUACCAACAGCUCCAAGACCCAGACAAAACGCCACAAACCCCACUUGCAGGCAAGGAAAAGCUGAAACCUGACAUUAACAUCUCUAUUUAUACGUCACUUUUCUCACCCCGUUCCUUCGCCGCCUCCAGCACCUACCACUCCCAACCAGAACCAGCUCCACUUCACCCAACUUUCUCUAUCUUUCCCUCUUCAAACAAGGUAGAUUGUGUUGUUUAAGAAGAGCUCAAAUUCUAGUGGUUUUCUGAUUCUUGAUUAUCGUCUAAUGACUCUUUGUUCGGUGAUGACUACUGUUUUCUGCUAGGUUUAUCGGCGGAAGAUUAUGCAUGCAUUUAUUUGUCGACUUCUCUGAGCUGGUUAUGGAGAUGGCUGGUUGUGCAUCGAGUUUCAGAUUAUCAAACGCUUUGAAUUUGCAAAACAAUGUCGUUUUGGGUUGUUGGAACUUGAUGAUUCGCAAUAAUUUUAGACUCAAAACAUUUGCGAAGGGGGCCGUAACUUUUCAUGUGCAGGUCAGACAUUUCUCUGUUCAGAAACAGAGGCUUGUGGUCAGGAACUCACAGACACCCUCUGAACCGCAAUCGGGUGAGGGCACCACCACGGUUGUUAAACACGAAGGCGUGGAAAAUGUAGUAGGGAAGGAUGUUAAGAUUUUGGAGAACGGAAAUAAAUUAAAAACUGAUGUUGGCGGCAACGGUGGGGGUAUAUUUGAUGGCAGUGGAGGAAAUGGGAAAUAUCCAAGUGGUGGAGGUGGAGGUGGAGGUGGCGGCAGUGGCGGUAGUGAGGAUGGUGAAGGAGAGGACAAAGGAGAAGAAGAAGAAGAGUUUGGACCCAUUAUGAAGUUUGAUGAGGUGAUUAAAGAGGUAGAGGCUCGAGGAGCAAGUCUCCCGUCUGAUAUAUUAGAGGCAGCCAAGAGUGUGGGAGUUCGCAAAUUGCUUCUGCUAAGAUAUCUGGAUUUGCAGGGGUCAGGUGGGCUUUUGGGUUUUGCGGUGAAAUCAUGCUCUAUGCUUCGAAACAGAAUGUUGGCGGAUCCAUCUUUCUUGUUCAAAAUCGGAACAGAAAUAAUUAUUGAUUCUUGUUGUGCUACAUUUGCGGAAAUUCAAAAGAGGGGUAAAGACUUCUGGGCAGAGUUUGAACUGUUUGUUGCUGACCUUUUGGUUGGUGUCGUGGUAAACGUUGCUUUGGUUGGCAUGCUAGCACCCUAUGUACGUAUUGGGCAACCAUCUGUAUCUAAAGGGUUAUUUGGACGGCUAUUACAUGCUUAUGGAGCUCUUCCUAGUAGUGUCUUUGAAGCCGAAAGGCCUGGAUGUAGAUUCUCUGUACAGCAGAGAAUUGCAACAUACUUCUACAAGGGAGUCCUUUAUGGAUCUGUUGGCUUUGCAUGUGGCCUUAUUGGCCAAGGAAUUGCAAAUCUCAUAAUGACUGCCAAGCGGAGCAUAAAAAAAUCAGAAGACGACAUACCUGUACCGCCUCUUGUGAAAAGUGCAGCUCUUUGGGGUGUUUUUCUUGCAGUUUCAUCCAACACACGCUACCAAAUAAUUAAUGGGUUGGAACGCGUGGUAGAAGCAUCGCCCUUAGCAAAGCAGGUUCCACCUAUUGCAAUGGCUUUCACAGUUGGGGUGCGAUUUGCCAACAACGUUUAUGGUGGAAUGCAGUUUGUGGACUGGGCUAGGUGGAGUGGGGUGCAAUAAUGGUGCAGCUCUUAUGCUUGUGUUUGCUUCAAACUUUCACGCUGGGAUAGAGCUAAAAUUGUAGUGGCAUCAAAUGUGAAACAUAUAUUAGUUAGUAGUAGCUAAAAAAAUUCACCAUCUCUAUAUAGGGCUACAUCUAUGGGCAUACC